CAGGAAAUAUCUGGAGUUAACAUGGCUUCGAAAGGACUGGUCGAGAGUUUAACCGAGGAUGUAAUUUGUCCCAUCUGUCUGGAUUUCUUCACUGAACCUGUCGCUCUGGAGUGUGGACACAACUUCUACAGCUCUUGUGUCACACAGUAUUGGGGAAGGCAGGGGAGAAACGCCUGCCCGGAAUGUAGAGAGGAGAUUGCAGACCCCACCCCCAAGGUCAAUCGGGCUUUGAGAAAUCUAUCUGAGAAAGCUCGAAAACUAAACCUGAAUCCGAAAGGGAAGGAAAGUAAAGUUUACUGCGAGGAACAUGGGGAAGAGCUGAAGCUGUUUUGUGAGACGGACAAGACACUGAUCUGCGUGAUCUGUGCGACUGCGAAGGAGCACAAGUCUCACAACUUCAUGCCGGUUAAAGAAGCCGCUGAGAUCUGCAAGGAUCGGAUUAAAUCUUCCAUAGACUCUCUCACAAGAAAUGUAGCAGGCUUUGAGGAAAUGGAGCAGCAACAGAAAGAGAAGAUUUCUGGAAUUCGGAAACAGUCACACAUCCUUCAGUCCCACGUCACAUCGCAGUUUGCAGAACUGCAUCAGAUUCUCACAGAGAAAGAGCAGCGCAUACUUAGAGAUCUCAGGAAGGAAGAGGAGAGGAUUUUAAACCCAAUGGAGAAAAAUCUUCGAGAGAUUCAAAAGAAUUUAAAUUCUGUCCAGGAGGAGAUCUCAAGGUUACAGGAAUGGAUGGAUCAGAAACAGAGUGUGAUAUUUCUCAAGGAGGAAGCUUCUUGGAAGAGAAGGAUUAGUGAUGAUAAGCAGAUAUUGUCAGUGACAGAUGGUGCCCUUCAGGUUGAAAAAUUCGAUCACCUCUAUUUGUUGAACACAGCGUUGAGGGAAGCACUUGAUGACAUUAAUCGAGUCUCUGUCACCCUGGAUGUGGGAACGGCGAAUCCUUGGCUCGAGGUGUCUGAGGAUCAGAAAAGUGUGAGGUGUACCGGGACACGGAGGAAUCUCCCUGACACCGGGAAGAGGUUCACAAACCGGUUUUGUGUGCUGGGGUCGGAGGGAUUCACAUCGGGGAGACAUUACUGGGAGGUGGAGGUGACGGGGAAUGGGUGGUGGGAUCUGGGAGUCGUCGCAGAGUCUGUGGAGAGGAAGGAACGGGUCAGACUGAGUCCGGGGACCGGAUUCUGGAUCAUCAGGCGGAUUGAUGACGCGAUGAAGGUUCUCACCUCCCCGAAAUCCCGUCUCCCUUCCGAUCCCAUCCCCGGGAGGGUGGGAGUUUAUCUCAGUUACGAGUCAGGGACAGUUUCAUUUUACAACGCGGAGACCAAGUCCCAUCUCCACACCUUCACUGGGAAUAAAUUCACGGGGAAACUUUAUCCUUCAUUAGCGAUUGGAUAUAAAAAUCAGUGGCUGAGAAUCUGCUCCGGUUCUGCUCCGGGUAUGUAAACCGGUAGGGUCCGGGACCGGCAUCAGGAGUGUAAAUAUAAAUGUGCGGAGAGUGAAAUAGACACGAUGUGAGAAUUAUCGAGCCAUUAAUAUUAACUUGUUCACCGCAUCCAUCAACGGAAUAGAAACAUUACUCCCCGGCUCCCCCGGGUCCUAAAGUGCACUGGCACUCAGAGUGUAAUUAGGACGCGUGGUGGUGCUGCUGACUGGAAAAUGGAGAUCAGGAUGAAUCUUGGAAAUACAGGACAUAAUGAUAAAUCGGGUAAACUAUUGGCUAAUCAAUUGAAAUUUGCUUCGGUUAAACGUCAAAUUACUAAGAUUCGCAAAACACGAUGUUUCUUGACAGUUGAUCAUGACGAGAUGAACAAAACCUUUCAAGAAUUUUAUACCUCUUUAUAUCACUCUGAUUUUCCUCAUGAUUUUAAUAUCAUGCAUGAUUUUUUAAGUAAACUGAAUUUUCCGAAAUUAUCACCCGAAGAUUGCUUAUCAUUAGAAACUCCUAUUACAGAGGAAGAAAUAACAACUGCAAUCUCAUCACUGAAUUCUGGUAAAGCACCUGGUCCGGAUGGGUUUACAGUGGAAUUUUUUAAAAUCCUUUUCCUCUAUUUUCUCUCCGUGGUUGUCUAGAAUAUUCAAAUAAGCAAUCAGUUUAGGUAAAUUACCACAAUUGUUUUAUGAAGACUCUAUUGCCUUAAUUCUUAAAAACAACUAAGAUCCUACUGAUUGUGCGUCAUAUAGACCGAUAUCUCUUUUGAAUGUAGAUUCUAAUUUUUUUUCAAAAAUUUUAGCAACUAGAUUAGAGAAGGUAUUACCUCAAAUUAUAUCUAUGGACCAAACUGGAUUUAUUAAAAAUCGUUAUUCAUCUUUUAAUAUUAGGAGGUUAAUGAAUAUUGUUUAUACCCCUUCAUUUAAUACUCCGGAAUGUAUUAUCUCAGUUGAUGCUGAGAGAGCCUUUGACAGAGUUGAAUGGCCUUAUUUAUUUAGUGUGCUCGAGAAAUUUAAUUUUAGUUUGAUAUUUGUAUUUUGGAUUAAAUUGUUAGAUCAUACCCCGGUAGCUUCGGUUUGUAUGAAUAAUCAAAGAUCUCCCUUUUUCCGUCUAUUUCGUGGUAUUAGGCAAGGAUGCCCUCUUAUCCUUUACUAUUUAAUACCGCUUUUGAACCUUUAGAAAUUGCUAUCCAUGACUCGCCCAAAAUUUUUGGUAUUACCCGCGGAAAUGAAAUACAUAAAUUAUCACUAUAUGCAGAUGAUUUGUUAUUGUAUCGGGAGAAGUCAAUUCCUGUUAUUUUAGCUUUGUUGGCUCAAUUUAGUAAUUUUUAUGGCUAGAAAUUAAACCUUAAUAAGAGUGAAUUAUUUCCCCUAAAUAAGCAGGUACCUACUUAUGGAUGUUUACUAUUUAAAUUGGUUACUGACUCUUUCAUAUAUUUAGGGAUUAUAAUUACGAAAAAGUAUAAAGAUUUAUUUAAAGCUAAUUUUUUACCUUUAAUUGAUCAGAUUAAACUUUUGUUUACUAAUGGUCAGCAAUAUCUUUGUCUUUGAUUGGUCGGAUUAAUGCUAUUAAGAUGAUUAUUCUGCCUAAAUUUCUAUAUGUAUUUCAAUCGGUUCCAAUUUUUA